AUGUCCGGUCUAUCUACACCCUCUCUGCCAUUCUACAGUUCCACACCAAAAAAUGGCAGACGUUCGCCUUCUCCAACUCGACGAUCAACGGCCGUCUCGUCUGUGACGACGUCGACAUAUUCGAAGCUCUCUCCUGAAGAAGUUGCCAGCCGCCUAGCCACAUCGCUUGCCCACGGCCUCUCUCCAGCCGACGCCGAUGCACGACUUCUCCAACAUGGGCCUAAUGAACUCCCCCAUGACGAACCCGAGCCGGUUUGGCUACGAUUUCUUAAACAAUUCAAAGAGCCUUUGAUUCUGCUACUGCUCGCCUCUGCAGCCAUUUCCUUCCUGAUGCAAAAUUAUGACGACGCUGUGAGUAUCACUCUCGCAGUGACAAUUGUAGUCAGCGUUGGAUUUGUCCAGGAGUACCGUUCUGAGAAGUCACUGGAGGCACUCAGUCGGCUAGUACCCCAUUUCGCCCACCUGAUCCGUAAUGUUCCUACAAAUGGAUUUGGUGCUGUGCCGGCAGUAGCCAAGGACGAAGUGGAGGAAGAAUAUGAAAUGGUCAACCUUACAAAUGCACCAGCUCACCCCGCAGGACCGUCUGCAAAGGCAUCAACUACAGUUACGGCUACAACCCUAGUUCCUGGCGAUUUGAUCAUAUUUUCGACUGGAGACCGUAUACCAGCAGACGUUCGAAUUACCUCCGCAGCAGACCUUACAAUAGACGAAUCCAACUUAACAGGAGAGAAUGAGCCGGUGCAUAAGAUUUCAAACUCCUUGGGACAAACACCAAGACAGUUUCAGGAUGGUAAAAAUUCCCCAUUUUAUGACUCGCCUGCUGCUGGAACGGUUGGCACAGAUCUUCGAUUAAAUGAGCAACAUAACAUUGCGUUCAUGGGGACAUUGGUAAGAUCAGGCCAUGGACAGGGAAUCGUCAUAGCUACUGGACCCAACACGGAGUUUGGAAGCAUCUCCGCUUCGUUGCAGGAUAUUGAGAGCCCGAGGACGCCAUUACAGCUUUCGAUGGACCGGCUCGGUCAAGAACUAAGCUACAUGUCAUUCAUUGUGAUUGGCAUCAUUGUUGUGAUUGGGCUAAUUCAGGGUCGAAGGUUGCUUGACAUGUUUACCAUUGGAGUUUCCCUCGCCGUGGCCGCUAUUCCUGAGGGCCUCCCGAUUAUUGUGACUGUCACGCUAGCUCUUGGGGUCCUGAGAAUGGCCAACCGUGGUGCAAUCGUGAGACGACUACCAAGUGUGGAAACUCUGGGCUCCGUCAACGUUGUGUGCAGUGACAAAACCGGUACCCUAACGCUGAACCAUAUGACUGUGACAAAAAUGUGGUAUUUUGAUAGUGAUGAGCCGUUCGAGGUAAACAAGGAGCAUAACGUGCUUCACACUACCCCAGCCGCGAGAACAAUUAUGCGGGUUGGCAACAUUGCGAACAAUAGUCGGCUAUCAAGGGCGCACGCGAAUUCACCAGCAACCGCCGCUUCAGCUGCUGUCCUAUCUUCCACAAUGGAUAGCUCCUCAGGGGCCGUGAAAAGCCGCUGGGUUGGCCAACCAACUGACGUUGCCAUUCUUGAUAUGUUGGAUAUGCUUGGUGAAGAUGAUGUCCGCGAUGUCAUCAGCGGCCGGAUUUCGGAGACCCCAUUCAGUUCUGAGCGAAAAUGGAUGGGAGUCAUUGUAGCAAGUGCAAAUUCAACUGAUAAUGCCAUCAGCCACAGCGGCUCGGAUAUGGCAUAUAUUAAGGGCGCCGUGGAAGAGGUUCUAAAGAGAUGUGAUACUUAUCUUACCAAAGACGGGCGAGAAGUUAUUCUAGAUGAGCAGCGACGAAAAGACGCCAAAGCAGCCGCCGAAUCGAUGGCUCAGGAAGGUCUCCGAGUCCUCGGCUUUGCCAGUGGGCCAAUUAGGAGCCACAAUGGUGCUUCUAAGCAUACAGCAAGCAACGAUGAGAAGCGCUACACCGGUCUCAUAUUCUCUGGCCUUGUCGGUAUGAAUGACCCUCCCAGAAAGGAUGUUCACAAGUCUAUCCGACGCCUCAUGGCUGGAGGAGUCAAGGUUAUCAUGAUCACCGGCGAUGCAGAAACUACAGCUGUUGCGAUUGCAAAGAAACUUGGGAUGCCUAUUAAUUCUUCCUCAGCCGCAAGGCCAGUCCUUCGAGGCGAUGAGAUUGAUCAUAUGAACACUGAAGAGCUGGCAGAGGCCAUUUCAGGGACAUCGAUAUUUGCAAGAACAAGCCCAGAACACAAGAUGAAGAUUGUGAAAGCGCUUCAAUCGCGCGGUGAUGUUGUUGCAAUGACAGGUGAUGGUGUCAAUGACGCACCAGCGUUGAAAAAGGCUGAUAUCGGUAUAUCUAUGGGCAAGCUAGGCACUGAUGUUGCCAAAGAGGCGGCGGAUAUGAUCUUGACAGACGACGAUUUCUCCACGAUAUUACGAGCGAUUGAGCAAGGAAAGGGAAUAUUCUAUAACAUUCAGAACUUCAUCACGUUCCAGUUGAGUACCAGCGUGGCUGCGUUAAGCUUGGUUCUGCUCAGUACCGGACUGGGCUUCAAAAAUCCUCUCAAUGCCAUGCAAAUUUUAUGGAUCAACAUUCUCAUGGAUGGCCCACCCGCUCAAUCACUUGGAGUCGAGCCAGUUGAUCCAUCGAUAAUGGUCCGACCGCCACGGUCCAAACAUGCUCGUGUUUUGACGAAGCCUCUCAUCCGCCGUGUCUUAACCUCGGCAUGCUUCAUCAUGGUUGGCACCCUUGCCGUAUACAUUCACCAAAUGGCCGACCACACCGACGAGGUUUCGGGCGUGCAUUCUCGCAUAGUCACCCGUCGCGAUACGACCAUGACAUUCACCUGCUUUGUACUCUUCGACAUGUUCAAUGCUCUCACCUGCCGAUCCGAGUCCAAAUCACUACUACGUGGCGAACUAUCUCUCACGGGCAACAAAAUGUUUAAUUACGCCGUUCUAGGAUCUCUGUUCGGCCAAGCUUGCGUUAUCUACUUGCCUAUUCUACAGGGGAUCUUCCAGACAGAGGGGCUAGGUUUUUGGGAUUUGGUUUCUUUGGUAUGUAUUUCUAGCUCUGUCUUUUGGGCCGAUGAAGUCCGGAAGUAUCUCUUGUGGAAGAGGAAGAUGAGCGGCAUGGGAGUUCCGGCAUCGUCUUCUACAGGAACGCUCUCUUCUAUUAUAGGGUACAGCGGAAACGUAUAA